AUGGCCUCCAAUUCCAGCUUCCCCGGCACGAACCCUUUUGCCCCCGGCUCUGCCUCGUCCUUUGCUAAAAUAUCCGAAGAGGAAGAAUACGGUGUGACUUCGCCGACGGAUCCUAGCUUCCGAGACGGGCAUGCGGGGACGACGUCACGAAGUCCCUUUUUGAGCGUAGCCGAGCUCGACGACGACGAUAAACUGCACAACGAAAACAAUAAUAGCAGCCAAAAUCACGCGAAUAUAUUUGCAAGCCCCUUUCGAGACAGUGGAGAAGGGUUUAGCGCGGCCGAUCUCAAUGCUGCUCGACCUGCUGCGGGCCAAGGAAUGCCGAAUAACUAUGCUUUGGGUCGACGCACAUCCGUGUCUGCCGAGUCGUUGAAUCCCACAUCCUCUGGAUCAGACAGUUGGAGUCCGCCAUUUCAUCCGAAAUCAGAUGACCAGGUCUCGAGGUUAAAGAAAGCUGUCAGCGGUAACUUCCUGUUCUCGCAUCUGGAUGACGAGCACCUCAAGACGGUAUUGGAUGCACUGGUCGAGAAACCAAUCCCAGCCAAGGAUAUUAAAGUCAUCACACAGGGCGAUGCCGGUGAUUACUUUUAUAUUGUCGAAGAAGGCACCUUUGGAGUGUUUAUCAAUCCUACGGGAGCGGCACAGGCUGGUCCCGAUGGACUCGGCCAUCAGGUCGGAAGUAUAGGACCUGGAGGCUCGUUCGGAGAGUUGGCAUUGAUGUACAAUGCCCCACGAGCAGCCACUAUAAUGUCUCUCGAUCCCAAAUCGACACUGUGGGCAUUGGACCGUGUGACCUUCCGACGAAUUCUAAUGGACUCAGCUUUUCAACGACGACGCAUGUAUGAAGCGUUCUUGGAGGAAGUGCCGUUGUUGUCGUCGCUGAAACCCUACGAACGAUCCAAGAUAGCAGAUGCAUUGGACACGAUCAAAUACGCUGCGGGAUCAACCAUUAUUCGUGAGGGAGACCCAGGUGAUGCCUUUUAUCUGCUGGAGGCAGGUGAGGCCGAAGCCGUCAAGGCCGGUACCACGGUCAAAGAAUAUUCGCGCGGUGACUACUUUGGCGAGUUGGCGCUUCUAGACGAUAAGCCGCGGGCAGCAAGCGUGAUGGCAAAGACAGACGUAAAAGUGGCUCSAUUGGGRCGCGAUGGAUUCAAGAGAUUGUUAGGUCCUGUUGAGCAGAUCAUGCGCCGGACGGAUUAUGAUGUUGAUCCUACCAAGGCUACUUAG